UGGUGACAUAAGCUCUACAACAGAUUUCAUAAUGCCAGCUGAACACAUUUUGGCUCAGAAGAGACCUCGUCAAGAAGAUUAUCAGAAUAUUUAUGGCGAACCACCAGCAAAAAAGGCUGCGCCCUCAAUACGCCUCGGCGUGGGAUUCAACUGGAACUUACAGGCUCUCACUAAUGCAGCUGACGCAGUACAAUCAGGCGGCAAAUCUCCUGUGUCAGCGCUGAACGAGCUUGGCGUCAGAGUGAAUUACACCGUACUUCGACAAGGAGGACCCGCACACUGUCCCAGCUUCACUGUUUCUGUCACUGUAGCAGAUAUGACCUUCGAAGGUUGGGGCCAUAGCAAACGAGAGGCGCGGGCCAGUGCCGCUCGGGCUUGCUUGGCAGCACUGUUGACGCGCGCCGGUCGAGUCCUACCUGCGCCGCAGCAGCCCCAUGAUUUUACUAGCGAUGAGACAGCUCGCACCCCAGAAUUGAAAUACGAAGGCAAGCCGCAACCCGUCAUGCUUCCAAAGCUGGAGUCGAAGCCGGAUCCUCCGGCGGCUGUGUCCCCCCCUCCCACUGCGUCUCCCGCUGCAGCGCUGUUCGGCGUGAACGUGCCGGCGCCCUCGCACAAGAGCCCCAUCAACGUGCUGUACGAGAACUACCCUGGGCUUACCUUCAUUUGCACCUUUGGCGAUGGGUCGUCUUUGGAUACUGCUCAAGCUCCCAUGCAGCUGAGCCACAGCAUGCGUUUCAAAGUCGUCUGCCAGAUCAAGGAUCAGAAAUUUGAAGGAUACGGCUCAAGCAAGAAACUGGCAAAGCUGGCAGCAGCUCGUUCAGCUCUUGCAGUAUUGGAGGAGGGUAGGACCGAGCCUUCGCCAAUGCAAACACAAACGCCAGCUGCGGGCUUCCUGCCACAGACGUUGGCCGAUCAUAUUGGCAAAUUGGUAAACGAGAAGUUCAACGAGGUGCUGAAAGGCGAUCUGGUGCAUUCGAAGCGCAAAGUCCUCGCCGGCAUCGUGAUGACGAUCAACAACAGGAUCGAGGACGCGAAGGUGAUAGCUGUGACAACUGGCACGAAAUGCGUGUCCGGCGAACACAUGUCUGUACGAGGAAGAGCUGUCAAUGAUUGUCACGCUGAGGUGGCCGCCAGGCGCUGCUUGCAGAGACACCUCUAUGCACAGUUGCUGAUGUACGCAAACGCAAAAGAUCCGCGCAUCACGAUCCCGGAAUCCGAUUUGGAACCGGUCCCUGGCGGAGGCUUCCAGCUGAAGCCCGACCGGCAACUGCAUCUGUACGUGAGCACGGCACCUUGCGGAGACGGGAGGAUCUUCAGUCCUCACGAGCAGCACGAGCUGCAGCCGGACAGGCAUCCCAAUAGAAUGGCCCGUGGACAACUUCGCACCAAGAUUGAAUCCGGAGAAGGCACAAUUCCAGUCAAAAAUUGCUCUAACGUUAUUCAAACCUGGGAUGGAGUGUUGCAAGGAGAACGUCUUUUAACAAUGUCAUGCUCCGAUAAAGUGGCCCGCUGGUGCGUCGUGGGCCUGCAAGGAGCCUUACUGUCCCACCUAGUGCGACCGGUGUACCUUCACUCUCUUGUUCUUGGCAGCCUGCUGCACCCGCACCACAUGUACAGAGCCCUCUGCGGUCGCAUUGAAGCGUACAUAACAUCUCUGCCGCCACCGUUCCGCCUCGUUCGACCGCUGCUAGCGCGCGCAGCCAGUACCGAAGCCAGAACGCCGGCUCGUGCGCCGUCCUUCAGCGUUUGUUGGUGUUCCACUACGCCUAGAAUGACCGAAGUAUUAAAUGCAACAACAGGCAAACUAGAAAGCGGGCAACCAUCGCUGCUGUGCAAACAGAGCAUGUUCGCGCGUUGGCAGUACAUCACCAAGCGACUGUCGCCGCUUGAACAGACAAUAGAUAUAGAAAUGGAUGAAGAAGCGGCCACGAUGCCAUCGAACCUCGACAGUCUCCUAUACAACGAGGCCAAAGAGCGCUGCCACACUUACCAGGCCGCAAAAGACCGACUAAUUGAAGCGUUCGAGCGCGCGAAGCUCGGCCGCUGGAUCAAGAAGCCGAUUGAACAAGAUCAGUUCGUUUGCGAGAUUCUAAACGCAGAGCCCGCAGCACUGUUCGCCUAGGCGGGCCCUAGUCUAUGCGGUAGCACUGUGCAGAAGGAUUAUGACGUUGGGGAUAGGGAAACUACUAUCGAUGUCAAGGAAAGAAACAUUGUCACAGUUGAAGGUAGGAAGGCAGGUAACAGAUCAAUAGCAGGUAGGGAAAUGUGCGUUGGGGACGGGGGAAUGGCGAUUGGAGGUAUGAUUUAUGAUAAAAAGAUAAUGAUAGAUAAAGAUGUGUAUGACGUUGAGGAACUGACGGAUAUGGGUACGGUAAUGAAUAAUGAUGCCAUAGCAAUGAAUAUUGAAUUUACAUUGGGUGUGGUAAUGAGAUCGGGAGAAAUGUGUGGCGGUAAUCAAGUCGGUGCGAUGUUAGAUGAUAAGAAUGAGAAUUUCUAUCGUGGUAUUAUAAAAAAAGAUUGCAAGGAAAUAGUAAAUGAUGCUAGAAGAAAAAUGUAUAUUGAUUGGAAAAGUAAAACAGAAUAUCUGAAAUCUGUGGAGAAUGUAACAAAUACUUCAGAUGGAAUACAUGAUUUGAACGAAUCCUCGAAUAACAUAGGUGUGCGGGAUUUGAGAGAAUCGAAAUUU